AUGGCGGCCCCACCCGAGGGCAGCGACCCUGAAUGGCCUCCCACAAACACGCAAGGGGCGAGCACCGAAAUAAUCACCGGGGAUUUCUCACCACCAUCCGAAUUUAGAAGGGUUACGAGGCAAUAUAAACGACGUAAAGAUGGAACCACAGCGAAAGAAAUUACUCGAGGACCACUCUUUGAGUUCUCAGGAAGUGGAGACGGAAGAUCAACAUGCGCGGGUGAAAUCCUGCGGGUGAUCACAGACCUGAGGGAGACCAUAACACAGCAAAACGAAACCAUACAAAAAAUAGCAAGCGACCUAACUGAAAUCGAGGCUGAUCAACAGCACCUAAAAAGCCAGAAUGCGGAACUGCAGGAGGAAGCGCAGGCCCUAAGAGCAAAACUCAACACGCUGCUGGGAACAGGACCAACCAGAUCAUGGGCGGAGGUGGCAGCCCGCGAACCCCUGCAAGGACCCAAUGUGGCCCCUAAACCGCCCAAGAAAGAACUCAACUGCGUCCGUAUCAGCACACGACGAACCCCUGACGAUGACGAAGAUGGAAACGACCGCUUCGGAACAUACCUCCCAACAGACAUGGCCAAUGCAAAAAUUAGAUCAGCCCUGCUGAGCACGGACCCCACCAAAGACGCACAAGUAGCAGGAAUCGGCACCACAAAGACAGGAUAUGUAAUUAGGUUCAGGGACACUCAAUCAGCUGAAAAGGCUCAGAACAAUACCGAAUGGCUGCAAGAACUAGGCAACGACACUAAGUUGGUAAGACCUCGGUUUGGCGUGGUCGUCCACCGCACACCAACCGAAGACUUCGACCUCGAAGGAAAUAAGAAACUUGGGAUAGACAAGCUCAUGGAGGAAAACGACCUCAGCAGCAAAGGAUUCCAAAUUGAGGACAUUGCAUGGCUGAAGAAGAAGGACCACCCUCUGGGGACAUCAGCGUCGCUGGAGGUACAUCGGGAGUGUGGAACCAUACCGGAUUGA